GAGUUAAUAUACAGGCUAAAGACAAUGCAGUUUAUGUAAUCUUAACUAUACUUUCAAAAGGCAUCCUGUUAAGCUUCCUACCAGAGACUAAAGCUGAAUUUAGAGAUGGUCCUUCUCUGGAUGGAGAAGUUAGAGAUGUGGAAUAAUGGUGAGAGGUCAUUACUGGUAUCUCCCAGGAAUCUGUGCUGCUCAGAACUUUUGCUUGGAAAUCACUUGUCAUAAAUAACUGGGGAGAAGCUUUGCUGAUGAGUGUUACUUGGGAUACUGAAGGCAAGAACUGAUCAUGAGAGCUUUACUCUGAGUAUCACCAUCUUCCAAUAACACAUUGUGCUUGAUGUGAAGCUAUUUGUUUGGGAAAAUGGUCCUUUCUUUACACACACACAAGUUAAUUAUUGUUUAAGGAAACAAUUGUGGAGUUUAUAAUGACACUUUCAUGAAAGUGCCAGUUCCGUGCAAGCAAUUGCUAAAAUGCAGAGAGAAUUGCAGAACUUAAUAGCAAAAGAGUGGAGCACAAAGCACAGUGCCAUUGUUGCCUUAAGUCUUAUUUUCAGUAUUGUAGGUGCUUCUAAUUCCUUCAUCACAGAACCAACAACAAUACUGGGGAAUGUGGAGCAGUGUCUGUGUGAAAACUUCAGUCAUUCCCAUGGACAAGGAUUCUUUUGUCUGUGAGAGCAAGGGACAGGCAAAGUCUCUAAAAUCUUGAGUGUCAUUGAGAAGAAACAGUUGUUCAGUGACUGGAUACAUUUCUGAAAGAGAAUUCCCUUAAGGGCAAAUAAAUAAGCGAAUAUAAUCUGUGGACUUGUAGCUCUUGCAGUAGUAAGUUUGUGACUGUUAGGCUUUUUUUAAAAGCAGCAAAUAUGUUGCUUCUUCUGUGUAAACCAAGUAAUGUCAUAGAUUUGACUACUGAAGGAAAAUUGACCAAAAACAGAAAUUACCCAAUGAAAUUUUUGUUUUCUGGAGUGUAGACCUGUGCUUUAGCCCAGUUUGUAGUUGAUGCUUUGAAAUGCUGUGCUCUCUUUAUGCAGCUUCUAGUUUCUGAAGUGGUACAAAUACUCAGGUGACUUAAGAGCAAUCUAAGAAGAGAAGGAAAGUGCAGGUGAAUUACAGCAAUCUUUUCCUUUGGAGAUAAUUUGUGUAGGCACUUGUUUUUUUGUUUCCUAUAAAAGUACUGGUAAGACUGCCAUGACCUUUAGUAAAGCACCAUGAUGGAGCUUUGAGUCUGGAGCAGGGGUCUGCUGCCCAUCAGCUAAUCUCAUAGGAAUGAUCUUCAUAAUUGUGUGGGUUUAAAACUGAGGUUUUAGACUGGCUGUCAAAUUAGUUUUGUGUAUUAAGAGAGGAAAAGAUAACCAAAUCUCAGGGACUCUCUCCUCUGCGGGAAUUUUGUGCUGGAGCUAGUUGCAGGGCUAUGGGCAAGAUGGUCUUUUUUGUUUGUUUUUUUUGUUUGUUUGUUUGUUUUUUGUUUUUUUCUAUUUUUUUGAGUUAUGGACAGCCAUACUUCCUAUGCUUUUAUCACUAGAAAGCAGAGUGUGAAGCAAGUGGUAUCUUGCUUUUUCUCCUCCAUCUGCAUCUCUCUCCUUUACUCAUUCCUUUGCUGUCUUUUGCUCUUACCACAUAGUUUGUUAAUGCUGGUUUUGAUACUCCUUGUACCCUGCUGUAAAUGGACAGAAUUAGUUAACCUGUGUUGGUUAACUUACUUAACAUUAAUUAACUUCUUUUUUAGGAGUAGAUAACUCUUAGGAAGAUGCAGGAGGUGAGUCCUGUCAUGGAGUGUGGCACAAAUCAGGGCUUGCAUGAAGGAAGGGGAUUUUUUGGCUGGGAGCAGCAAGGCAGAGAUGUUGAGAAGACUUUCCUUUUGACUGCAGCAAAUUCUUAUAUCAGAAGAACCACAUUUACAGCGCAUCAUUGAAUUUACUUGGUUGCUUUGAACUUCCUGCCAAACUACAUGUUGUGGCAAAAGUUGUUAAUUAAAAAAAAAAAUCUAAGAACAAAAGGAAAAAAGGGAAUCAGUAAUUGCCAUUUACCACAUCAGCCAUCUCAGAAGCCCUUGUGUUUAUUGGCUUGCUGUUGAUGGUUUUUCCUCCAGCGUUGGAAAUUACUUUUUCUUUACCCACUAAAAGCUCUGAUUAUAGGAGGAUUUAUUUUGAAGUAGAAAGUAUUCUCAGCAUGAGCCUUGCUAUCUGAUAAAAAUAAUGAUGCUGUUCUGGCCCAGUGAUCUUGCCAUGUCCUCCUAAGUAUUUUGGGAAUGGAAAAAAUAUUCAUGCCUUAGCUAGACCUUUAAUAAAUUCAGUUCUGUUAAUGCAUUUUCCCCUGGACUAAUUUCUUUGUGUUAGCAUUGUGGUGAAUAAUACAGGCUUUUAUUUUCACAUGACAUCUUGUAAAAUCAUAUCCGAGUCCAUGAAACCAGCUUCAGUGAAAAACUGUGCACCUUAUAUACUUCUAUCCUUUUGUAAAAGUUUUUCUUUUUGCUUUUUUUAAAGCACACAGUCUAAAAAUUAAAGUGUUAACUAGACUCAUUCUGAAGCAUUACUUUCAGCAUAAGCUGUAUUGGGGCAGGGGGCUAAUAGCAACAAUGAAGAAAGAGCACCAACUGUCUUUUUUUCCCUGCUUUUGCAUAUGCUGUCUUUUGCCUCUGCUUUUUCUGUGUAUCAUGUACAUGUCUUCAAAAGGGGAAAAAACCCAACCCUUACCAUGCUAAUUUAUUGAGAUUUUGCAUUAGAGAGAAAUCUAAUUUUUUUUUCUUUUGUUAGAUUGUUUAAUGUUUACAUUUUAAAUAUGAUCUUUCUGCUAGACCUUGGGUUAAAUUUUUAAUUCAGCUAGAACUUACUGAAAAACUUGCAAGAUAUUCACUGCCUGGCAUUAAGGCAUUUAUUUUUGCUACAUCUCCAGAAAAAAAAGAAAAGAAAGGAGAGAACAGCAGGGUCAUUAAAAUGAAAUAUGAAGUUUGUCAAUUAUUCUGAGUUUUGCAAUGUGCAAGUUUUGCAGGGAUGCUGUAUUGUUUGGAGACUUCAUUCACCUCUAGUGGAUUCUAGACAGUUGAUCACUACUUUUUUGUUGAUGGUUUUUGUUUGGUUUUUGUUUAUUUAUUUUGACAUGCUUCCAUGCAUUUUUAUUUAUAUUUUUUUUGUGUAUCUCACAUUUGAAUUUGAAGAAGUAAAUAACAUUUAUUUCAGUAUAAAUAGGGAAGCAGUCUGAAAUCUCGCCUUUGGGAGUGAGCACCCUUGAGUGUGUGACAAUUUAAAGAGGUCCUCAUGCUGGCAUCUGUAUUAGAAUGGGUGGAAGAUACUGCUUUUAGUAGCAAGGACAAAUAUGAAAGCAGUCACACUACUUUAUGAACUGAAUUUAUUCUCAUCUACUGAUUAACUAGUACCAGCUGCACUUUUUUCCCAUCUCUUCCUGGAAAGAGAUGUUCCUUUAUUUUCAUGUUCUCUUUGCAGGUAACUUUAUGUAGAGGAGAGAAGAGUUGUAAACUACUCUUUUUUAGCUGAAAUGCUUUAAAAAAUAGUUCAGAUUCACAGAUUUUCUGACCGGCUUGUAUUAUUCAUAAUCCUUUCUCAUAUAUUAAUAUAUAAGAGGCUUUCAUGGGAAAAUCUGGGAUUUUAUCUCAUUUUUGGCAGAUUUCUUCCUUGAAAAGAACAAGCUAGAAUUUAUGAUGGGAUGAACUUUAAGCUGGUUGUAAAUACAUUUAAAUACUCCGGGCUUGGAUAAAUCUGAACUUUUAAAAAUAGUCAUGCUUUGGUUGUGUGGCGCGCAGUUUAUAAUAGAGAAGAUAAUGUUAACCUAUUUCCUGUAGGUUUAAUGCAUGUUAUAGAACUACUGAAUUUUUCAAGAUGUUUAUAAGUUCAGUCAAAUGAAGGAGCAGUAAUCUGAGCUAAUGUUUCUUCUGAUUUGGUUUCAUCCAACUUAUUUUAGCAAGUUUAACUGAAAUGUGCUCACAAGAAAAAACACAUGAGUAGCUCUUUUAAAUUUUAAGUAUUUGUAGAAUAAUCAAAUUUUGGGAAUUUAUAUUCAUAAUAUGCAUAGAGCAUCAGUAAAAGUAAAAUAACUUUGAAGUCCUUCUUAAACCUCUAUAAGAGAAGAACAUAAUUUUAGUUUAUAUUGUUUCCAUGUUUUGAAAAAUAUGUGGCUUUAGCUAUGGUGAAUUUUUCCAGUGAUCAUAAUUACUUCUCCAGGGGGUGCUACACUUAGCUGGCAAAUGUGAAUGUACUGCAUCCAUCUGAUGUGGAAAAAGAAGUACUGGUUACUAGCUAAUCUAACGUCAUCUUAAAUGUGGACGGGAACUGCUGUACUUGUGCUGUGUCUGCUUUUCAUUUUUAGAUAAGUCCGGUGUUCAUCUGAGCACUCAGCAGGCCACUUCAGUGUACUAAUGGAGCAGAAAGUGUACCAGAGAAAAAUCUGGAAAUACCUUCCUGAAUAAGGUCAGAACAAGCUCAUCUCCAUCAGAAAACGAGUACCUGGGCUCUAGCGCAAAGGACAGGAGUGUGUGUACAUGAAAAAGGGCUUGUUUCAGCAGCAACUCAUUGACUCAAAGCAAGCCGUUGUGCAAAACUUCUUGGUAUUUUUCAGUUCUUUUUGUCAACAUAAUUGGAAAACAUUUUGAUAUAUGAAAACUAGCAGGUUUUGUAAAAAAGUAAAUUACAAGAAGGUGAAGUGGUUGUCAUUGCAUCAUUGUUAGCUCAGAUAUUUUUGAGAGAAUGAUUUAUAGGAUUUUGUUCUUUAUUUUAGGAUUACCUGAAGGUACAGGGUCAGUGAUGAGACUUAACUGUGUGUGCUAAUUAGCUUGACAAAAGUUUUGACCUAAAUGUGUUUCUGGCAAGUCAGGUGCUUAUAGUGUGACUUCUCAGCUGUUGUACCCAGUGGCUAGUAUCCAUUUUUUCCUGUGCAAUUUCUUUUCUGCUGAUGCACAUAAUUUUUGCUAUUUGACUCUUACCCUCUAUCUUCACAGAACUGUUAUCUCAUUCUGCAGUUAUAUCUGUUCAGCAUUGUACAUUGAAAUGUAUGCAGUGAUAACCGCUGGGUUCCAUACAUUUAAAUGUCUUUACAAUUUGAAACUCUUCUCAUUCUCAGCUGUUGUGACAAUGUAAUUUUAAAUUAUACUGCAUUCUUCAGUUUUAAUGGCAGUUAACGUGCUUGUUGAGGAUUAACCUCAGCAGUUCAGCCCCAUGCAGCUGCUUGCUGUCCAGGCUCUCUCAUUUGGCCCUGCAUGUACGAUGAGAUCAUGUCGCAAGCUUUGCUAAGGUCAAGGUAACAUUCAGUGCUUUUUCACUGUCGUCUCAUUGUAUGGGACACUCAGGUUGAUGAGACACAAUUUAUCCUUGGAAAAUCCAUGGUAGUUGUUCCUAGUCAUUUGCUUUCCUUUAAGCUUCCAAGGAGGGUUUGCUGCAUAACCUUUUCAUAGACUGAGAUUUGGCUGGUUGGCUUAUAAUAUCACUGAAGCUUUUUGCCCUUCUCAGAGAGGGUCUCAAUAUUUGCCCUUUUCCAAUGAUCAGCAAUCUGCCAGUGUGCACUGUGACCUUUUGCAGAUGACAGAUGGGCUUUGCAAUGACAUUUGCCAGUGCCGUUAAGCACCUUUAAAUGCAGCCCACCUGGUCACGUGCACUUGAGUGUGUCCAGUUUGUUGACAUUGUCUCUAAUUUGGUUUUCCUCUACUCCUUUCACCAGAACUGUGCCACUAGUGUUGAGAAUGUGUAGUUGUGGAAGUGUGCGGUGAUGUGAAAACCGAUGCCAAGACGGCACUGAGAACCUGAGCCUCUUGUGUUCUUUGCUUCUUGGUUCUCCAACACACUGGGUUGGUAGUUAAUAGGAAAGAUGAUAAAGAUUACGCUUUAAAACAGAUAGAAGGUACUGGAAUUUCCAUGUCUGCAUGCAGAGAAAUAGCAUUGCUGCGGGAGCUCAAGCAUCCAAAUGUCAUUUCUCUGCAAAAGGUGUUCCUUUCUCAUGCUGACAGGAAAGUGUGGCUUCUCUUUGACUACGCUGAGCAUGACCUCUGGCAUAUAAUCAAGUUUCACAGGGCUUCUAAAGCAAACAAGAAACCAGUUCAGUUACCUCGGGGAAUGGUGAAGUCGCUGUUAUAUCAGAUCCUAGAUGGUAUUCACUACCUGCAUGCUAACUGGGUGUUACACAGGGAUUUGAAACCUGCUAAUAUUUUAGUUAUGGGUGAAGGUCCUGAGCGAGGAAGAGUAAAAAUUGCUGACAUGGGCUUUGCCCGAUUAUUUAAUUCACCUCUGAAGCCUUUAGCAGACUUGGAUCCAGUAGUUGUAACCUUCUGGUAUCGAGCUCCAGAGUUGCUUCUUGGAGCAAGGCAUUAUACCAAAGCUAUUGAUAUUUGGGCCAUAGGGUGUAUAUUUGCAGAGCUGCUAACAUCAGAGCCAAUAUUCCAUUGUCGACAAGAAGAUAUCAAAACUAGUAAUCCUUAUCACCAUGACCAGCUGGACAGAAUAUUCAAUGUAAUGGGAUUUCCUGCAGAUAAAGAUUGGGAAGACAUAAAAAAGAUGCCGGAACAUUCAACCUUAAUGAAAGAUUUCCGGAGAAACACGUAUACCAACUGCAGCCUUAUCAAAUAUAUGGAAAAACAUAAAGUUAAACCAGAUAGUAAGGCAUUCCACUUGCUUCAGAAAUUGCUCACUAUGGAUCCAAUAAAGAGAAUUACCUCAGAACAGGCUAUGCAGGAUCCUUACUUCUUGGAAGAUCCUCUUCCCACGUCUGAUGUUUUUGCAGGUUGUCAAAUACCUUACCCAAAACGAGAAUUUUUAACAGAAGAAGAACCAGAUGAUAAAGGAGACAAAAAGAACCAGCAGCAGCAGCAGGGCAAUAACCAUACUAAUGGAACUGGUCAUCCAGGGAACCAAGACAACAGUCACACACAGGGACCCCCACUGAAAAAAGUGAGAGUUGUUCCUCCUACCACUACCUCAGGUGGACUUAUUAUGACCUCAGACUAUCAGCGUUCCAACCCCCAUGCUGCGUACCCCAACCCCGGACCAAGCACAUCGCAGCCACAGAGCAGCAUGGGAUACUCAGCUACCUCCCAGCAGCCGCCGCAGUACUCGCACCAGACCCACCGGUACUGAGCUGCCCCCGGUGCCGUCGAUGCGCUGUCGCCGACGCUGCAGGACCGGCGCGCAGCUGCGUGCCAGGAGCCCGGCUUGGGCCAGAGAAUGUACUGUACAACCACACCUCCCACCUGUCCGACCGCCACGACCCCCCCGCCACGGGGCUCGGGGGGCUCCCACCUUGUACCUGGUUUUGGGGUUAGACUUGAAAAGAAAGUGCUAGCACGGUUUGUGUUGUGGAUAUGCUACUUCUGUAGUUUACUUGACAUGGUUCAGACUGACCGAUGCAUUUUUGUCAGUGACAGUCUGUAGCAGGUGAAGCUGUGAAAUGUGCUAGGGGCAAGCAUUUUUGUUGUCGUAUGUGGUGAAUUCUCUUGAUGUAACAACUUCAUCUGACCAAUAGUACACGACAUCUUUGAACUGGUACUUGAAGCAUACAGUAUAUGUUACCAUGGCAAAAAAGCAAACUAACCGUAACUCUCAGACAGUUUUGAUAGACAUUUAUUUUUAGUGACUUUUGUGGGUUGGUUCAUUUUCCAGCUAGAUCGAUGUUUUAUGACCAACAUGAUUGCUACGAUGAGAUUUUUUUUUAAGAACAUGGAAGCGUUUGCAUUUUUUCCCAGCAAUUACAAGCGUCCCAAAGAUUUAUUUCCAACAUAAGUUUUUGUUUUUGUUUUGGAAUCUAUGACUUGACUGGUAUUAAAGCUGCUAUUUGAUAGUAAAAUAAGUAUGUUGUCAUUGAUAUAAACAUGUUUGGUUCAGCAAACAAACUAAAAUGAUUGUCAUAGACAGUGUUUUAUUUUUUUCCUGUUGUUGUUAAUGAUUUGUGAGCAUGCUUUGGGAUUAAAAAAGCAUGAAAGAUAUUUCCUAAAAAGGUGCGGCAUCCAUUCAGAUAUUUUGUCAUGAUUUUUGAGAACCAGCUUGGUGUAGUGGAUUUUAAAUUUUGUUCAGUUAUUAUUUUUUUUAAAUGUUCGCACGUUGUUUAGGGGUGCCAUUCCUACUGCAGAGGAACAAGAUGUUAGGAGAGCCUUAGAAUUUAUGAGGAAAAACUUACAUACAAUGUACUGUAUCAAACUAUUUUACAUGAAUGACACAAGUAUUCUGAGUAAAAAAAAUCAAACAUUGUUAAAACAAGGUGUUAUGUAAUAAAUUUAUUUUUCAUAAAUCUGCA